AGGCGCAUCAGAGAUGUUAAGUAAUGUAAUCAGUAACUGAUUGGGGGAAAGUGUCUGAUAGACCUAGCUAUCCUAACUGGAAUAUAGAAGGAGGGGAGGCUAUUCAGUUUGACCGCAGCGCUUGUAAUCUAAAGAAUCCGGAACGUGCCCAUACAUUUCCCAGACUGCAGCAGUAACAACAGGAAGUGUACCGCUUGGCUAAGGAGUUUCUCGCUAAGGUAAAUCUACGAGUAUUGGUUCGUUUUAUGUGUAUUUUCACUUUUCUUCUGACAGCGAAGUAUAGCAACUUUUCAGAAAAUACAAUACCAACAUGAGACUCUUGCAGCUUUUGUUUGCUUGUAUUUUCAGUGACCGAUUCACCUGAUUUCCGUAGCAUUUAACCUAGCUACUGUAGCUAGCUAACCUUGUUGAUUCGCUAGCUAGUAUCUGACUGACAACUGCCUAACAACAUCAUUCCGAUUACGACAGUCGGUAGGCUGUCGUAAUUAUCAGCUAGCUAAAGUACCCUGUUCGAAUACUUUGCAAACAUCCUUUUGGUGUCCACUGUGUACUUUUUCAAACAGAGAUGACGUGUUCAUUAGAAAAUGUAUUGUCAGACGCCAAGUCGCUGGUGGAAAGACUUCGCAACCAUGACAAUGCAGCGGAGGUACUUAUCGAACAGACAACGUCCCUUAACAAGAGGGUGGAGGCCAUGAAACAGUAUCAGGAGGAGAUUGAAUCGCUGAACAAGGUAGCCCGGCAUCGGCCCCGUUCCAGCCUCGUCAUGGGCAUCCAGCAGGAAAACCGGCAGAUCCGUGACCUACAGCAGGAAAACAAAGAGUUGAGAACCUCCCUGGAGGAACACCAGUCGGCCAUAGAGCUCAUCAUGACAAAAUACAGGGAGCAGGUCUUCAGACUCCUCAUGGCCAGUAAGAAGGACAACCCAGCCAUCGUCAACCAAUUAAAGGAGCAGCACACCACUGUGAGUGACCCACCCUCUUCUAGUGUCACAUCACACUCAGGAGCUACCCUUUCUUCUUGUAUCGAGGAAGUUCAAAGCAAAUAUUUAUAUUGUUUAUAUUCUAUGACUCUGCAGGAAAUGCAAGCGCACAUAGACAAGAUCAACGAGAUGGCUACGGUGAUGAGGAAGGCCAUCGAAGUGGACGAGGGGAGGUUGUGUGAAGACGAGGAGAGGAUCAAGCAACUAGAGCUGGAGAACAGUGGUCUUCGUGAGCUGCUAGGGAUCAGUCGAGAGGCCUUCCUACUUCUGACAAGAGAGGAGGCCUCAGAUAGCACAUCCCUGUCUUCCCUGUUGACCAGCGCCGACAUCAGCCUCCGGAAGAGUUAGGCCCACACCAGCACUAGCUUGGAGUGUGUGUGUGUGUAUAUAUGCGCCCCCACCUUGUACAGACCAUACCCCCCAAUCACCUACAGCCACACAGAGGGAACUCGACAACGAACGAUGCCCCAGGUCAUACUGCCUCCCACCUGUCACGCUACAAUGGAGGUAUACAGUAGGAAGCCUCUGAGACAAAUGGGAAAAUCCAACAGUUUAGUCUGUCAUGCAUUUUUAGUCUUGGCACGCAUUGUGCUAUCUGAUGAGCCUGUGGGGUUUUAAAGUGUGAAUGAGUGAAUGUGCUGCUCUUGAAUGACAAUAAAACACUUGAAAGAAACAUGUUAAAGUUUGGCUAGUGCUCUCCAGCUGAAACCCAGUGGUGGAAAUACCGUAUGCGUGAACAGGACUCUUUGGAAUGCACAACUUACUGUAUGUAGACUGUAAAUUGGACCUAAUGGUUGCACCAUGAUACAUCACAACUUAACUGAUGACAAACUUUGGGACAAGAGGAGCAGAGAAACGAACAAGUGAUUUUUAGGAAAAACAAUUUAUCAAAUUUCUCACACAACAAAAACACUAUAGACAAACAGCCCAUUUUAAAACAAGACAUGGCACAUGACAAGGUAAGUACCUAAGAGCUGUAGUGAAAAAUACUGAAAGGUAACCUUGACCUUUAAGAAAGCUUCAUCAGUAAUCUUAGUGCAUAGAAGCAUUUCCUAGUGAGGAAUUUCAACAGUAUGGCUAUAACUUUACAAUGUCGGCGUCCUCACACCCCUGUGUGUUUUGGUUUGGAAACUCUGAGAAAAGUAGAAAUGGCCAGUUCUACCUGCAUUUCAGUCUUUCCCAUCCUUGACAUUGUAAUCCUAAUCUGAAUCCUGUCAGGUGAUUCUGCUAAUCAUAAAAUAUCAAUAAAUUCCCUGUCAAAUUUUAAUUCAACAUCCUGUCGUGUGCAAAUGGCGAGGAUUUACAAAAUCACUGGUGGGAUAUUACACUGCAUCUGAUGAUACCUUGUUGUUUUGCACAAGAGGGAAAAUAACCUCUUAAAUUAUCCACUUAAGUUUCAAUAUUACUGAACAUUUGGAGGAAAAACUGACAUUGGUCAUGGAAUGCAUUAAUAAACCAUGUCAUGUGACUGAAGGCAAACUCCU